GAUAUGUAGAAUUCAAAAUUGAAGGAAUCCAGUACGAUUCAAAUUCGAACUAUAAUGGAUUGAUUUCUACAAUUGCUGCUCAACUGGGGAUAGAUACCACCGUCCAAACCAUAAUGAUUAAAUACAUUGCUAGUGACCGAUGCCCACCAAUGAUCAUACACAACGACAUGGGUGUUUGGGUAUAUUUAGAUAAAAAAAAAAAAAAGUACAAAGAUUUCUUCAGUAGGUUUCCUUUAAGUAUCACAUUGGAGGAUAGUGAAAUGGAGGGAAUUGAAUUCCAUCAUGAUGGUGAAAGUAGUUCCAGUUCAAUAAAUUGGGGUCGAGAAAUUCAAUCUUCAUACAUGGGAAAUAUUAUUGAACAGAUUGAUAUGGCUUCAAGUGAACAUAUUGAGUUGUUGGAUAGUUGUGAAACUGAAAUAAUAAGCGACCCUCGACAUGAAUUUGUUGUGGAAAAACAGAUUUACAAGGAUAAAGAAACACUCAAUGCAGUUAUGAGGCAAUAUGCCUUUAUGAAGCAGUUUCAAUUUCGGGUGAAAAGGUCUGGUACAAAAAGGUACGAACAAAUAUUAUUCUUUAUUGUAGAUAAAUAAAAAAUGUAUGAAGCAUGUAUGUAUGUAAAUCACAUAUAUAAUAUAGGUGGGUGUAUGAAUAUUGUAUGAUAUAUGUAUAAAAAUGUAUAUUUUCAAUGUUUCUGAUGUGUACUUCUUCAUCAAUAGCUAUCAUCUCGUAUGCCCUGGUGACAAUUGUUCAUGGUGUUUAAAGGCCUCAAGUCUAAAUGAGUCAAGGCUUUUCAAGAUUAGGAAUUUCUGUGAUGUGCACACAUGCUUGUUAAAGGAUAGAAUUUAUGAACAACGUCAAGCAACUUCCAAUGUCGUCAACAUUAUUAUAAUGGAUAAGUAUGAAGAUCCAAAAACAAUAUACACACCCAAGGAUAUAUCUAGGGACAUGAGGAAACAACAUGGUGUAACAUUGACCUACAUGCAAGCUUAUAGAGCGAAGCAAAAGGCAAUGAUUAUGUUACGAGGGGAUCCCACCGACUCGUACAGUAAAAUUCCAGCCUACUUAUACAUUUUACAGAAGACAUAUCCGGGAUCGGUUGUAAGAUUGGAAAAAACAGAGGAAGACCGUUUCUUGUAUACCUUUGUAGCACUGGAAGCUUGUAUUAGAGGAUGGGAGUAUUGCAGACCUAUAGUGGUGGUUGAUGGAACCCAUCUUAAAUCAACUUACAAGGGGACUAUGCUAAUUGCUUGUACAUUGGAUCCAGGAGGUUUGUUUUUUAUCUUUUUUUUUUUUUUAAGUUUAUAACUGAUUGUAUUAUUUGUGUAUGGAAACAGGUAGUAUACUGCCGCUUGCAUAUGGUAUAGUUGAUUCCGAAAAUGAUUCAUCUUGGACAUGGUUCUUUGAGCGGUUCAGGGAUGCUUUUGGUGAGAGGGAGAACAUGUGCUUUGUGUCGGACAGGCAUGAAAGUAUAUGGAAUGCGAGUGCAGCAGUGUACCCUAGGCUGCCUCAUUAUGCCUGUAUUUGGCAUUUGUGGAACAAUUUAAUUAAGCAAUGCCACAGAAACAAAGAGCAAAUGAGGAAAUUAUACUAUGCAAUGGCUAAGGCAUACACCCUCUAAGAGUUUAACGAAUGCAUGGGAAGGGUGACCAAAAUAGAUAGGAAGCUGAGGAGAUACUUGUUUGAGAUCGGUUAUCAUAAAUGGACACGGAUACAUGCAACAGUAAAAAGAACAUGGACACAGACUUCAAACAUAGCUGAAUCUAUAAGCAAUGCUACAGUGAAUGCUAGGGAAUUGACGGUGGAAAAAUUAUUGGAUUUCAUGAGGGAAUUGGUUGAAAGAUGGAAUGCGACGCACAAUGAAGAAGCAAAGAAUACAUUCACAGAUCUUACUAAAAAGUAUCAAGAAAUUAUCAACAAGAAUGGGGUAUUAUCACACCGUAUGACUGUACGAGCUUCCACUGAAUUUUCUACAUACAGUGAUUGAUGGUGUUAGGAGGUUCACAGUGUGUCUUCGAGCUAGGACGUGUACUUGUGGAAGAUUUCAACUGGAUGAGAUACCUUGCGGGCAUGCUAUGGCUGCUAUAGUGUAUAGGCACCAACAUGGAGCGGAAUAUACCUCUGCCUACUACAGCAAUAAAAAUUUCCUAGAUACAUAUGCAAUACCAGUUGUGCCUCUUCCAUGUGAAAGUACAUGGGAUAUACCGAGGCAUGUAAAGGAAGAGAUUGUGUUGCCACCAGAUGGUAAAAGACCACCAGGAAGACCAGCUACCAAACGAAUGAAACCAUUCCACGAGGGGAAAUUUAAGAAAUCAACAGUGACAUGCAGCAGAUGUUGUACAGAAGGCCACAAUAAGAAGACCUGUAGCAAUAUUCCAAAGGGAAAUUAAAUAGUCGACAAUGUUAUGGCGGUGAUUUUUUUUUAAUGACAGUUGAAACACUUUU